AUGAACCCCUCGUUGAUUUUUGGAUCAGCAACGAAAUGCGCUAAGCGAAGACUGAUUCCUACCCUUAUUCUCGCCCAAUUCCCCCGCUCGACCCCCGCCUCGAUCCGAUCUCGAAUCUUUUCCACUUCUAGAGUCAUGGAGGAACCUCAGAUCCAGCUGGUGGAAUACCAGGGAAACAAUUAUCAUGUUGUCAAGGAAGGUUUGGCGAAGAUUUUGAACCCGCCUGCCCAAGAGGCCGCCUCCAAGGGAACGAAGAAAGAUCUCAAAGCCGACGACCAAAUGCAAUCCGUCUUCUACAACCCAAUUCAGCAAUUCAAUCGCGACCUCAGUGUGCUAGCCAUUCGCGCUCAUGGAGAACAUAUCAUCGACCUAAAGAAGAAGCAAAAAGCGGCCCAGAAGCUGAAAAAACAGGCAGGAAAUGGGGAAAAGAAACGGAAGCGUGAAGACGACCAGACCGAGAACCCGAGGCCCGCACCAAAUGCAGAACACAAGGAAAGCACAGAGACAAACCACCAGCCACUCUCCGCUCCUCUGGCUGAACAAGAACUGCAGUCAGCAGCCCAACCAGAGCAACCCGCAGCUUCCUUCACUGUUCUUGAUGCUCUGUCUGCAACUGGGCUGCGUGCUCUUCGCUAUGCCUCGGAGCUUCCAUUUGUUACAAAGGUCGUGGCUAAUGACCUGUCAGAGUCAGCAAUCAAGUCCAUGAAGAAAAACAUCGAGUACAACAACCUUAAGACGAUUCAACCCAAUCUGGCCGAUGCUCGAGUUUACAUGUAUGGACUUGACCACGCGAGCAAGUUCGACGUCAUUGAUUUGGAUCCAUACGGCACAGCAUCUCCGUUCCUGGAUGCCGCAGUGCAAGCAGCCAAAGAUGGUGGCCUUUUGUGUGUUACUUGCACUGAUGCCGGUGUCUGGGCCUCGACCGGCUAUUCGGAAAAAGCAUUCUCUCUGUACGGUGGUGUCCCAGUCAAAGGCCUCCACUCCCACGAAGGUGGUCUGCGAUUGAUCUUGAAUGCCAUUGCCAUGUCUGCAGCUAAGUAUGGAGUGGCCAUCGAGCCAUUAUUGUCUCUGUCUAUCGACUUUUACGCUCGCGUGUUUGUUCGGGUCUACCGAUCUCCCGCCCAGGUCAAAUUUACCGCGGGCAACACGAUGCUCGUAUACAAUUGCGAUACCGGCUGUGGCGCAUGGUCAACACAAACCCUUGUGUCUACCAAAGCCAAAUUGGACCGCAAGGGAAACCCUAUAUACCACCACGGCCUAGCCAAAGGGCCCACAGCCGGACCGCACUGCGAGCAUUGCGGCACAAAAACACAUAUUGCAGGACCUAUGUGGGGCGGCCGGCUACACAAUCCUGACUUUAUCCAGAAAAUCUUGGACAUGCUUCCUGGAGCUGAUCCUGAAACAUACCAGACCUGUGCUCGGAUUGAGGGAAUGUUGACCACUGCCCUUGAAGAGGACCUGGACCUAACACCAUCUUCAUCCGAGCCAUCCACUCCCAAACAACCCGUGCCAAGCACCAAGAACCAGCAUGACCCUGCCUACCCUGCCAUCAUUCCUCGAAUGGACGUUGCCGCUCGGGAAAAAUACCCAUUCUACUUCUCACUCAGUGCUCUCGCAAAGGUUAUCCACGCAACCACCAUUCCAAUCGACGAGUUCCGUGGUGCUCUCAGCCAUCUCGGAUAUCGCUCCACUCGUAGCCACACCAAGCCAAACUCAAUCCGCACCGAUGCGCCCUGGGAGGUGAUUUGGGAGAUCAUGCGCGAGUGGGUCCGUCAGGAAUCGCCUAUCAAGGAGGGUUCCUUGAAGCCCGAAACUGCCGGUGCUACUAUUAUGGGUAAGAGCCGUGAAAACCUGCGUAAAUUGGGCGACGAAGAUCAAUGGUUAUCGAUCCUCAAGAAAGACUUGAUGUCUGCCGUCGAGGCUGGCAGAGAUGUUAGUGACUUGGUCACUAAGGUUGAAGCAGCUCUCUACCGGUCCGGAUCGCGAAACUCCUGGAAAAGUGCUCCUGCCGCUUCUGCAGAGACUCGCCCCGGUGCCGAUGCCCAGCCUGUACCGGAAAAGGAAAAAGGAAAGGCACCAUCACAGCUUUUCACGCGGCCUCACCCUAGUACACUUGAGGUGGUCUUUGAUGAGGCUCUAGGCCGUGAGGUGUCUGCUACGCAUACCAAGAAACGACUGGUGCGGUACCAGCUCAAUCCUCGUGCUAACUGGGGUCCUCUCAACCGUGCGGGGCGAUAA